GCCGGGUUGGUACUUAGCUGAUCUGCUGCGUGAGGCUCAUCUUCGAUCCCGGUUCUCAGACCCAGCCAUCGUCCAUCAUCGUCAUCACACACCACAACCUCGCUGACACCUCGCUCGCAGUCGUUCAUUCAAUCCAUCAAAGCAAUUGGUGACACCAACGUCAGAGCACCCGUGCCGCUCGUCUAGAGAGACUCUCGGGAGAUACACAGACCCUCCAUCAGCCAUCAGCCAUCAGCCAUCAGUCAAUCCCACCACAGCGGACACAGCCGGCCCGACCAGAAGCUUAAGCUCCUCCCCCACGUUGCAACUGCAACUUCUCUCUCUCUCCCUCCACUAGCCACCUCAGCACAGCACAGCCAUGAGUCCCUUCUUCCGGGGCGGCGUCCGCCCUCUGCGUCGUCACCCACGCCCGUGGUCUAUGAACCCGCGACUGAACCCGGACCUCGCCAAGGACGAUGUGCACCUCGACGAGAAGGGCUUCCUCGAGACCACAGAGAUCAGGCUCCCCGUCACCAACAGCCUGUACGGCCGGCCCGCUGAUUUCCUCGUGCCCGUGCGUCCCGACUCGCCUGCCGCCCGGGACGAGCACGCACCUGCACCUGCCAUUGCCGAGGAAAGCGGGGCUACGCCGAGUGCGGGUGCAGAUGAGCCGACGCAUGCUGCUGCUGCACAGACGCCGGCGGCUGACGACGUCCGGGGUGAGACUGAAGCAGCCGACGACGAGCUGCGCCGGAGCUCGGUCCUGUCGGAGCAGUACCCCAUCCAGCGCCACGACGAUGAGGACUCACCCACCUCGUCUGAGCGGGGCGCCCUGAUUGACCAAUUCCCCACCCACAGCAACACCCGCGACUCUGGCGCCGUCAUCCUCGAGUCACCCAUCAUCAACUCCUUCGUGGAGAAAGGCGGGCCCGGCUGGGGAUCGCUCGCGGCCGCCAGUGCCAUUCAGCCACCCACCAGCGUGGAUGUGCCCCCCCAGGACUCUCCAGUCACUCCCAAGGCCGAGUCGGGUCAGGGCCACGAGGCGGGCGCCGGAGCAGACGUCUCCUCUGAACCAAUAGUGGAGGAAACUGGGGAGGAUUUCGAGGAUGACGACGCCACGCCCGUCCAGGAAGUCGCAACGGCCUUCGAGACGCCCUUCGAGACGCCCUUCGAGACCCCGUUCGAGACGAUGCCAAGCAAGGAGCUCGGUGCUGCCCAGCCGGCGCCCGUCACUGAGGCUGCACGGGUUCCGGGCGAGGACGUCGUGCGGGACGACCAGACCAUCUCCAGCAAGGCCCCGACCGUCAGCGACGCGUCAGCCACCGGCCGGGAGCCCCUGAUGAAUGAUGAUCAGCUCGAGUUGGAUGUGGAUGAUGACUUCAAGCCUCGAACGGCCGUAUGAGCGCCGUUACUACAGUGCGGUCCCGCAAAGAGACCCUUUUGUCUGUUGUACUCGUUUGUGAUGGGUGAAUUGCUUCGCAAUCGGACGGCACAGGUGCAGCGAGUAGCCGGUCACAGGUGCCGGCAGUCUGCAGAUCGAACGGGCAGCGGCCCAGACAUGAACAUUCUUGAAGCUGUUGCGACAUUUACUAUAAUCGAAGAGACGAGUACGAGUAUGGAUAUUCGACAAAGUCCCCCGGAAAGGGCUAAUUGCGUUUAAAGAGUUGGAAUGUAUUUACCUGUCCAGUUACUGUUGGGGAAGUGGGAGGUGGCACUGGCCACGGGGAGGCAUGAUAUCAACAAUACCCAAAGCGAUCUUUUUUUACGACAUCACGAAACCGUUCUUUUAUUUUGCAACGGGAGGUUGGUCGACGAGGGCGUUUUAUUCUACGGCACUGAUUAUGGGAGCACAGGCACUUACUUGCGUGUCUGAUGCUACCCGGCCUGGACAGAGCAUGCUGCGCAUGUUCUACGAUAAUAAAAGCACAUUUAAUUUCG